AUGAAUUAUACUACAACUCUCAGAGAUUCGUUUGAUGAUUUUGAAGAAAAGGGAAGAUUACGCUCAAGAUCAAAAUCUUACAAAACAGAGGUGGGUCGAAAACGGACUCGAAGUAUAAAACUGACUUUAAAUGAUGGUGCAUCUGAAGAAGCAGAAUUUACUCCGAGCGUUCGUUUCAGAGUUGAAAUAUAUUUGUCUAUUCUGGACAAGCUGCAUGCUGAGCUCUACAAGCGUCUACAAGCCUAUGCCAAGCUGUAGCCUAAAUUUGGAUUUCUUCACAAUGUUUUGCAUCUCGAUGCCAAAAGCUGAAAAAUGGAGCGGACAAUUUGGUACAGCGAUAUCCAAAUGACUUGGAGCCAUCUUUCGCAGAAGAGCUGGUCCAUUUUUGUGAAUAUUUCAAAGGAAAUAAUCUACCUCGCAAGGAAGAUGCGUUAGAUGACUCAGAUGAAGCCGUAAGCGUUGAGCUUCAAAUGUACCGGUUUCUUGCAAAAAGAGAAAUCCACGAAGUUUUCCCAAACGUCGAAAUUGCCCUUCGAAUUUAUUUGACUUUAAUGGUGAGCAAUAAGGAGAACG